AUGGAUAAAGUCAUCUACGACUUCUACUCUGAUCUCUUCGACGGCCAUGUUCACUCGCCUCCUCACCAUCUGGGGAAAGUUCAGAGGUUUUCUCGUCCGAAUAGGACAUGUUGUCACGUCGGUAAGAGAUCAUACGGCACCCGAUCCCGACAGAAUAAUAUGAGAAUAUCUGAAGAACCUUUUACCAGUACUCUUCAACACUCUGACGAGGCUCUUCAUACGUUACUUUCAAAACUCAUCGAAGUAUCGCAAAAGUACAACAUACCGCUCUAUCUCACCUUUAUUGACCUGAAUAAGAACUUCGACUCAGUUGAACUCAAUCGUGGAGCGGUCAUGGAAGUCCUGGACAACCAAGGCGUUCCGCUCUGUACACGAAGGCACUCUGAGAAUUUUACAGUAACUUCACGACCAGAAUUUCACCAUUUCACCAUUACAAUAAUAUCAUCAUUGACGAAGACAGGGGUCCGACAUGGUGAAACAAGUUCAGUUAAAAUAAAGACGGGCACUCUUGACAAUGCAAUGCGAAUGCUGCAAUGUGACGACAUGGGAGCGAAGGUCGAUGGUGGGCAGCUACACCAUCUGCGCUUUGCUGAUAACAUUGUUCUGAUAACGUCAAGCAUCAAUGGGGCAGAUCGAAUGCUGGUCGAUUUGUAUGUGGAAACGUGUGGAAAGAUAGGUCUCCAGCUGAAUCUGCAAAAGACGAUGUUCAUGCGGAACGGAUGGGUCUCGGAUGACCCAUUCACGCUCAACGGAACGAACAGCUCCGAAUGCUCCAGCUAUGUAUAUCUAGCUCAGGAAAUUAACAUGAAGAACGACCACACCUCCAAGCUGGGUAGAAGGAAACGAGCUGCUUGGGAUCAUAUAAGAACAUCAAGGUAG